AUGGCUUCAAUAUCUCAAAUAAAAAAUCAGCACUCAUGGUUUCUACACGAGAUGGAUAUAAAAACCGAUACAGCCCAUGGUAUCGGCAUCGGGGUUUUCUUACCCAAGGGAGCAGUAGCUACACUUCUGGUCAGGGUCGCCUUACCCCAGAGAGUCUUGGAUCAAUUCCCUUCAGGCAAAGAAUCCGGUCCCCAAGUUUGCUUAAUGUUUUAUAAAGCAUUUACAAGAGAGGUCGAUAGGCUGCAAUACAAAGACCCAAGACUUGUAACAGAUGCUUUAAGCUCUACCCCAAUCCAGGCUCCGCUUUCUCAAUGUAAUGAAGCUCCAUUGAAAAUUAGACGAAAAAUUUUAGCAGAAAAAUGUAUUCCUAAAAAUGUUCAUUACGUACAUAACUCGUUACUUAAUGAAGUUAGUAUCUUGAAUAUUUUUAACCUAACUCACUCAUACUCGAACAAUCAAAAAAAGUCCUGUUUUAGCGGAUGCUUUUGUUUAUCCACUUCCAAUGCACCAGAGGUCGUGGAUCCUCUUCAAACAGACCUUGAUCAGAGGCCAAUCAUUGUGGUUUAUUCCCAGUUGAACGAGGUGAUGGCAAAAUAUCCAACACCAGAGAAUUGCCCUUUUUUUAUCCCUCCCAAGCUGAAUGCUCAAAUCAGAGCUGCUCUAAAUGAGGCUGAUCGUAAGAAAGAUGAGAGAUUAGUUGCUCGUCAAAAAGAGGUUGGUAUCGCCUUGACAGCUGUAGCAAUAAGGGCCCAGUCAAUUCUAUUGAAUCGUCCAGAUGAAGACGAAGAGACUUCGAGUUUAAUUGAACGGGAGAUACAUCUCUACUGUGUAGAAUACACAUCACUGAUUCUGUGUAUACAAAAAGGCAUUGGCUCAAGCUCCUUUGAACACUUUUACCUGUUCGGAGAAGAUUUAGGUGAGCGAAUCAAAACAGCCAAAUCCAUUGGCAAGUCAGUAGCUCUUAAGGCUGGCUCUUCCAAAGCGAAGUAUGCACCACAGACCCUCAAGGCCCAUAACCCAAACUUCUUGGGCCCACUUCGACAAAAGAAAUACAAACCUCAACGCCGGAGUGGGCAAAACAGGUACUAUCAGGAAUCUCGAUCUCAAUUCCCGAAGGAAGAAGAGACGAGGGAAAGAGAGAGGGGCAGGAAGUUUCCUCCAAGGAAGUUCAACAACUAUGACCCCUGCCAUUUUAAACCUGAAGAUCGGAAAGUUGUUGAAACCAUUGUUUCAAAAGAUUGUUAUAUACCAACAAUAGAUUUGAAAGAAGCUUACUUUCCUAUUCCUUUUGCAAAGGGAGCAUUUCGUUUUUGA